UUUUUUUUUUUUUUUUUUUUUCUUUUCUCGAAUUUUCUUUUGAUUUGCCUGAUAGUAUUUGUUUGUGUGCUUUUGAUUGCAAUUUCUCAAUCUCAAUUUCUCUGUGAGAUUAUCAACACAAUUCCUCAAACCUCAGCAGAUUCGAAUUUAGGUUUUUUUUUUCACCACCUUAAAUUUCGCGUCGAUGUCGUCCAAUCCUCACAGAGGCGGUGCGGGUGGUUCUCUAUACGGCGGAGCUGAUCCGUAUAGAUCCAGAGAAGGGCUUAGCACUAGAAAUGCUUCAGGUUCAGAGGAAAUCCAGCUGAGGAUUGAUCCGAUGCACUCUGACCUUGAUGAUGAGAUCAUAGGUCUCCAUGGCCAAGUCAGGCAAUUGAAGAAUAUUGCUCAAGAAAUUGGGUCAGAAGCAAAGUCUCAGAGGGACUUCUUAGAUGAACUGCAAAUGACAUUGAUCAGAGCGCAAGCCGGGGUGAAGAACAACAUAAGGAAACUGAACAUGAGCAUAAUCCGUAGUGGCAACAACCACAUCAUGCAUGUAGUUCUUUUCGCGCUCCUCCUCUUCUUUAUCCUCUACAUGUGGUCCAAGAUGUUCAAAAGAUAGAGAGACUCAUGGCAUACUUGUGUAACGCCCAAAAAAAACCUUGAUGAAUGUUGGAUAAGUUGUAGAAAAUAUCCUCUAGAUUACAACAUUUUGUGGUUCUUCUCGUUACCUGUUAUAUAGAGUGCUUGCUUUUAACAA